AUCGUUUGGAUUUGGGUAGAAGGGCAGUUUAUUUCCUGAUAGCGGUUUGCUAUCUAUGUUAUUGAUCUACUGUUAGCUAGGUAGGUAAUAUUACAUGUUCUUAGCUAUCAGCGUUCAGGUAAGCAUUCUGCCGUAUAUUUUACUCUCUGAAAGUCGGAAAUCUUCACUAUCGUGUAUCGCACAACAGUUUAUAUGUUAUUCACGUAACGGUUGUGAUGUCGCUAAACUAGCUAGUUAGCCAACAUAUUAAUGUCUUUAUUGAAUAGGCUAGCUAAAGUAACUGAAUAGUUAUCUGAUCAAGCUGGACAUUCCAACGGGCUGUAAAAAAACAUACAGUUAGCUAUCAAGUGUCUAACGUUACCUAGCUAACCCUACUGGGCUAACUGUUAAGUAUCAACAUGCAUGCAAGCAUCAUGCAUUCCAUUGCAUGGUUAAUUGAUCUCCAUAAGCUAGUUAGCUAGACAAACAAGAGCCUGCCUCAACAUGACCAGUGCCAUGUUCCUUCUUUACUUUAGAUGUUUUACUAGGUUUUGUGAAACCAUAGAGUCAGCUGUAACGUUAGACAUGGGGGAGCCCAAGACGCCCAAAUUUGGGUCCAUAGAAGAAGGGCUGAGUUUCUGGAAGGAGCAGUCAGACAAACACCAGCAAAGGGCUGAGGAGGCACAGGAGGAGUUGCAGGAGUUCCAGCAAAUGAGUAGGGACUAUGAGGCGGAGCUGGAGACUGAGCUGAAGCAGUGUGAAGCACGGAACAGAGAACUACUGUCCAACAACAACCGGCUACGCAUGGAACUGGAGAACAUCCAGGAGAAGUACGAGGCGCAGCACUCUGAAGCGUUUAGGCAGAUCUCAAUGUUGGAGGGAGACCUGGAAGAGACCACAGCGGUCAAGGACCAACUCCAGAAGUACAUCAGAGAGCUGGAGCAGUCCAACGACGACCUGGAGAGGGCCAAGAGGGCGACCAUCAUGUCCCUGGAGGACUUUGAGCAGAGGAUGAACCACGUGAUCGAGAGGAACGCCUUCCUGGAGAGUGAGCUGGAUGAAAAGGAGAACCUUCUGGAGUCUGUCCAGAGACUAAAGGAUGAGGCCAGAGAUUUACGACAGGAGCUAGCUGUACAGCAGGUCCAGGAGCGACGCCCCCCCAGUAGCCUCUCUAAAGAGAAAGACAGGACCGAAUCAUCGUCACGCUCCACCAUACCGACCACCCCCUCCAAACCACUUGGUACAUUCCCAGGAACCCCAGCCUCAAGCAUUCGUCGAGGGGAUAACCUAACAGGAACUCCCCUGACUACGUCGGCUCGCAUAUCUGCACUCAACAUCGUCGGGGAGCUCCUAAGAAAAGUCGGGAACCUGGAGUCCAAGUUGGCGUCUUGUCGAGACUUAGUAUACGACACGUCGCCGAAAAGGCCAGCUCUUCCGUCAUGUCCCGGUACCCCCUCUGCUAUAGAGGGGGGCACAGAGAUCCAGGCCUGCAGCAUGAGCCCUCCACACUACGACAGUUUGGUGAAGCGGUUAGAGUUUGGACCUGCGCCUCCUCGGGGGGUCUCCUCCCACUCCCAUGGCUCCCAGUCACCAUCGGGGGGAGUCAAGAUCCUGCUAUGAAACGAGGGCCUCCCCUGCCCCCCUCCACACCCCUGCACCAGACAUCAGUAGGGCUUUAAACUGUGUCCCCCUCUCACUACACUACCAGCUGAACAUCCUCCCCCCUCAGUCAAACUACGAACCAGGAAGCCGCUCCCUCUAUGAACUUAUUUGCUGCAUGGACUCUGCUAAGAAGAACCGCCGCAUCAUGAUGCUACGCUAGUUUUAUUUUAUUAAUGAAUAACAGAAGUGAGGAUUCCUUGACCCCACUGCAUGUCCUCCUGCUGAUCCCUUGACCUCUGAACCCAAGUCCUGCUACUAUGCCACUAACCCCCCCUUACCUCACACCCGGUCCUUCUUGUACCCACAUUCUCUGAUUGGACUCCAUCUUGGAUUCUUGGUGUGCCAACUGUAGCAGAAGAGUGAAGUUGGUCGACAGCUGGUGGUGUUAGCAUUUAGCAUUGCUGCCUUUUAUCAAUAUCACCUCCACAUGUAAGUUUUGCCUAGUCAUGGUUCCUUCUGUGUGUCUAACUCUGAUAUGUCCGUUCGUAGCUAAGCCACAUGUGCUUAGAGGCUAUACAUGUAAAGUGCCCGGAGAUGGUAAGUUAGGCUAGUUUUAACUUUUGGAGAAUGUGUAUUAUUCCUUUCUUUGUGCUGUGUUGUCAUCUGCUGUAAAAGCUAAGGAUGGUAUGAAGUUUGUUAUGGGUACUACUACUUUACAGGUCAAUGGUUUAUUAAUAUACUUUCUUUUAAAGGUAUUCUACCUGCUAACUUAAAAGUAUUAUCUGUGAGAAAUGCACAGACUAGCUAGCCAAUACCCGGUCAUGCAUUUGCAGAAUGUUUUAUAAGGUAGGCAAGAUAUAGGAACAGAGAAAGUACAUCGAGUUAAAACUUCUGAGAAUCUAAAAUGUAAUCUAGGUCUUUGGCAAAGACAUUUCUUUGUUACCACAGUUGAUAAAGUUGCCAUUUCGUCAGUGUUUAAGUUUUAGAUUUUUUUUCUCUCCAUUUGUAGUUUGUUUUUUAAUGAGUUGGAGAGUUAGGGGGCACCACUGCACUGCUGAAUGUAUAGAAUCUAUAUUACAAAUGUUUCUAAUAGGAAGUGGCCUAAAGCCAGCUUUGGUUCAGUUUGAGCAGGACAGUCAACCCAGAAUUCCUGUCAAAAGACUGAUCUUUUAUCAGAUCAGGGAGCUAUCAAAGAUGACAAAAUAGCAAUAAUAGAUUUGACAGACUAGAGUUUGAUUUUACAGAAUAGGGUUUUGAGAUAAAGCACAGUUCAUACUACAUUUCCAAAACCAUUAUAGAUGAUGCCUUGGUUACUGUUAAUGCUGGACAUAUGAGUUCUGGUGGAUAUGUGAAUUCAUUACGUACUGUUUAAAAUAUUAUGUUUUAGCCUUUUAUGUCUUUCCAAUGAGGAGCAAUAGCCCGAUAUCACCACUCAACAGAUGGAACGUUUGUACUUACUAACAAUGUGAAUAUAUCAUUGGUUUCAUCCAUAUGUGCUUUAUUCAAUUGUGUAUGAACUAAGGACCAGGAAGUACCGUUUGUAGAGCUUCUUUUACAACUGUACAUGCAACCGUUUGUGGGUGUGUUACUAACAUACUAACUUCUGUCUGGAUUUACAUUGAAAUGUAUGCACCUGAGGUGCUCGACCUGUUGGUUUGCAAUCCUUUUUGUAUCAAAUUGAACACAUAAAAUGGACAUUCUAAACAUG